AUGGCACAUCAUGAUGUUGGUUUGUUGAGUCUCAUUUUCCUGCUUGUGGUGUGUCUAGAGUUUUAUGCUUGUGUAGCUGUCGAAGCUACAAGGCCUGAGAAAACCUUGGCUGUUAAUCAGUAUCAUAUAGGUAAAAGGCAUGAGAAGAAGUACGUGAAUAGGGCAGCCCAUGUGGGGUUGACAGCUGGUAAUUUUGGUAGCGGCUGGAAUGGUGGUGGUAGUGGUGGCAAUGGAUAUGGAUCAGGUUCUGGGGGCAAUGGUGGUGGAUAUGGGGCUGGAAUUGGAGGCAGCAAUGACGGCAGUGGAUAUGGCUCUGUAGGUGGUAAUGGUGGUGGUUCCGGGGCUGGAAGCGGAGGCAGCAAUGACGGCAGUGGAUAUGGCUCUGUAGGUGGUAAUGGUGGUGGGUCGGGUGGAGGUGGUGGCAGUGGGUCUGGAUUGGGUGGAGGUGGUGGUCCAGGCUGUAAAUAUGGUCCAGGUGGUGGUGGUAAUAGUGGUGGAUGGAAUGGUGGUAGCUAUGGUCCUGGUGCAAGCAGCAGGCAAGGGAGUCGGGGCAGCAGCUAUGGCUAUGGCAGGGGCUGGCGCGGGGGCCCUGGCUCAGGAUAUGGCAGCGGUAGUGCUGGUCAUGGCAGCGGAGGUAACAACGGAGAAGGGCAGUAUGGAAUCAAUGGUGGGCGCCUAGACAGGGACAAGCAGCAGCUCCCAUGCAGCAUGAAACCAUGA